AUGACUGGCGCAAGAUCUGUGUCGUCUCCCAACUUACUAGGUAGCUCACAUGCACAAGGCGAGAAGGAGUCCUCGAAGUCUGUGAAGGCGCCUCAGAGCCUGCUGUCCCUUGUCACGGUCGAGGGAAACCGGAGGAACACGCUGCUUGGCUUCGUGAGCAAGAGGUUUGGCGCAAUCCUGAUCGUCAUAUGCAUCCGAAGCAUCACGCAUUUCCUGACAAGCAUGGUCACCGUUGUGAAGAUGAGGAUCAUCCCGUCGGCACCGCCUUCGGCAAGCGAGUCUGAAAGUCCAGGGGUCGCCUUCGAUCGCAGUCAAGGCCUUGGGCCAGUGGCUGCCAUCCUGUUAAUCGAUUUUCAUCAUGCUCUGGGCCCUGUUGUUGAGUGGGCCCACCCACCGUCCAUCACGGAGGGAGACGCUGCCGCAGGACACUUGCCACCGACGGAUGCUCCGCAGGACUUUCCACUACUGGACAGCUGGCACCCAAAGACUGCGGAGCCAGCUGGAGCAGUGGCACGAGUCCUGUCUAUGGUGACCUCACUGGCACUGCCUGAUGCCGCCCACCGUGAACGAGAAGGCGAAACGUCGGCCGUCUUCUUCGUUGUGCCGUGUCAGGGCCAACUUCUUUAUGGAGUGAGCUGUCACCGACGGGUCGAAGCUUCUGAGCUGCUGCAUCGUGAUGCAAGCGUUUCUCGCAGCUCGGUGCAGAAGGCUGUGUGCGUGCUGUUGCGAUGCCCUUUCUUCGGCCUCGCGCAGCAGCGUCUCAGUCCCGUGACACAGGUCUUUUUCGAACAGCGCGAUUUCAGAUGCACGGACCUCCUGCGCGAUUUCGACACUCAGUUGGAUGCAGUGUCUUUUGAAAAGCUUCCAGACUCGGAGUUGUUCUUCGGAGUUCAUCACGCGCAGCUCUUCCGCGGCCUCCGGCACAAGCUGCUCAGCGUGCUGAAGGCGAUCCUCCUGGAAGCAAAGGUUCUCGUGAUCUCUGAGAGUGCCGAACAGUGCAGUCGGACCGUUUUGGCCCUGCUCUCCCUGCUGCCUGGCGGUCUCUGGCUGGGCUUCAACUCUGAUGGCUUUGGAAGCCGUCAUUUCCAUUAUCGGAAACAUGGGCUUCCCAUCCAGUGCUUCGGCCCGAGGUGUGGUGUCUUCCCCUACUUGGGACUGCACAUGCUGGACAGCUUGCUCCAGAUGCGCGGGUUUCUCAUCGGGACCACCAACCGAAUCUUCGUCGACCGCACGGCGCCGGACCUCAUUCUGGAGGUGCCCAGCACUGCGGCAAGUACCGAGUACAGCGUGGAUUUCCCGUGCAAAGAAGUGAAGGAGCUGACGAGGUGUACUGGCGCCGAGAAGGAUUGGCUGCAGAGCGCGUGCGCCCAUCUUGACGCUGCAGCACCUCGGGAACUCUGGCAACCGCCCAGUGCCAAGAUGGCACAGCAACCGCAGUCACAGGAGGAUGCACAGGAGGAGGAUGAAGAGCUGGUGGCGGACCAGCACAUCCUGUCAUCCGACAAUGUCGCUGGGGCUGCGAUGAGCUCCUUCGAUGCAGAGGAGCUGGUUCAAGACGCCGAGGCCGUGGCCAGCGCUGCGGUGCUCAACUCGCAAAAGGAGCAGCUGCGACAGGAGGCAGCCUGGGCUGCGGUUGUGGAUGCGGAUCGAAACGCGUUCACCGGAUAUUGGAUUCGCCUGUUGGCAGCCACUGCGAAGAUCGCAGGGCCCGAGCGAGAUCUUCCGGCGGGAUUGGAGGUAGCCUCCAAGCAACAGAAGACCGAGUUGAGUCGAUUCGGCCUUCCGUUUUUGCAAAGAUGGGUCUCGCGGACCCACGGAGGACGCACGUGGUUGCAGGCACACAAGCUGCCUGUGCCGGAGCGUCGGCCAAAGCCGCCGCGCGAAGGCCACGGUAUGUACAAAUUCGCAAAUGGUGACGAGUACCAUGGUCAGUUUCGCCGUGGUAUGCGGGAAGGUGCUGGCGUGUACACCAGCAAGAGGAGUCACAUGCAGUACGACGGCCAGUGGUUGCGGGAUCGUCGUCACGGCACUGGGACGCUGACGAUUGAGAGUGCUGGCAAGGUUUUGUAUACCUACGAUGGCCAGUGGGUGACAGACAAGCGGCACGGUUCGGGAAGCUGUGUCCGCAACCACAAGGAGAAGUAUUCCGGCCAAUGGUCGCAAAACUUCUACCAUGGAGCUGGGACCUUCGUAGAUGAGAAGGGCACGUUGUACGAAGGAGAGUGGCGACAAGGCAAGUUCCACGGUGUCGGAAAGCACAUCUGCCGGGGUGAAACCUACACCGGCGCGUUUGAAGAUGGAGAGCGCCAUGGCAUGGGACAACUCGUUCGCGGGGAAGAGUCAACUGCACAGGACUUCCUCGGCGCGGAAAGUCUUUAUGCCGGUCAGUGGCGUGCUGGACAGCGCCAUGGACAAGGUACAGCUAUCUAUGCCGGUGGCGAGUACGAAGGGGACUGGGUCCACGGGAAACGCCAUGGACAAGCCGUCCUGUCGUGCAAGGGCUUUCAGUUGGAGGGGCCCUGGGCAGAGGACCUCCCGGAUGAGUCCGGCACCCACAUGGUCUUCUACCCAGACGGAGGCAAGUACACAGGCAAGAUUCAUCUUCAUCCAGCGGCCGCGAGCACUGCAGCCUCGACAGGUCUUGGACGGCUGUCUACGCCAUGGAACAUCGCGCCAGAGGGCCACGGCAUCAUGAAGGAGCCCGAUGGGCGCCUCUAUGAAGGCCGCUUUGAACGAGGAGCCCCUCAUGGUCGUGGAUAUGCUCUCAGCCUGGGCUCCAAGUACGAAGGUGAGUUUGCCUGCGGAGAGCGGCACGGAGCUGGAUGGCUGCAGAGUGCUCCGGACCAGCGUGAGCCUACGCCGGUGCACUACGACCGCGGCGAGUUGACUCCACAACCAUCCGAGCAAGCCUUUCUUCCGGCGAAGGGUGCCUCCGGUGUCCCGGACGAAGGAGGCGCGGAUGUCACGGAAGUGGCCGAAGCAACUGAAGAGACGGCUCCAGAACAGUCAAGCAAAAAUGGCACUGCCCUCUUAUGCGACUGA